AUGUCGUCACCUGUUGAAUCUCGUAUAGCCUCUCUCGGUCUCACCCUCCCUUCUGGUGCUGCUCCUUUGGCGAACUAUGUGCCUUAUAGCAGGUCCGGUAACCUAGUGUUCGUGAGCGGUCAGCUCCCUAAAGAAGACAAGCAGGACGGAACAGCGUUUUUCCAUCAGGGCAGACUUGGAGACAACUUUACUGUUGAGCAGGGUCAGGCCGCUGCUAAGGCUUGUGGUCUUAAUAUGAUAGCCCAGGUCAAAGAGGCAUGCGGAGGCGACCUGUCUAAGGUUAAAUCUGUUGUUAAGGUUGAGGCAUUUAUCAACUCAACACCUGACUUUGUCGAUCAACCCAAGGUCACCAAUGGCUGCAGCGACUUGCUGGUUGACGUAUUUGGUGAGGGUGUUGGCCGUCAUAGCCGUUUCGCAGUUGGGUGCGCUUCGCUACCCAUGGGCGUAGCUGUUGAGAUUGGCGGUGUCUUCGAGAUUUCCGAUUGA